AGCUCUGGGCUGGGCUGGCAGUUCUCAUCAUUUUUUGGUACUGAAUCCAGAGUGAAAAAGCAGGAGCUGUCCGGCUUCUUAAGACAAAGAGACAAACCAUGGAUUCAGUAUUUGUGCCUGAAAAUGGCUACCUUGAUUUACUGCACAGUGAUAUUGAUCCAUUGCAUCUGUGUACUUUCUUUGAUACUAAGUCAUCUGGAGAUGAAGAAGGUGACUUCUCUACAGAUCUUGAAGUUGAGGCCAACAACUAUGAACAGUUAAAUAAUGUGGAUUUCCCAUAUGAAAAUGGAGAUGGGUUCUACCCCUGUUGCAACACCACAGAUGCUUAUGCUAAAAUAGCUGAAUUAGUAGAAUAUGUGCUCAAGGAUCAGCAGGAGAAGCAGGUCGAAGACACUUUUGCAGGGAACCUUAUUUUGGAUGACAUUGCUGCUGAAAACACUGAGAAAUUUCCUGACAUAAAGAUCCAGUCAUGUCUUAAACGAACUUUCUUAGGCUCUGCAGCAGAGAGUUACUGUGAUGCUUCAGAGCCCAAAUAUAAGAAAAUUGUGGAAGUCCCUGCAGCUUCUGCAGGGAAUGGCAGUUUCUUUGCAAUGCCUCUCAACAGCCACCCAGUGAACUGCACCUCUCUAAGUAACCAGUACAUGUCCUGUUCUGUUCCUGCUGCCCAUGGGCUGGAAAGAAGCCUCAUAAUUCCUGGAUUGUCUGAACCUUUGACCACAGAGUGCCAACCAGUCAGUGUGAAAGGGUACCAAGAGAAUCUAGGCUUGGCAGGUCCUCCUCAGCAGAUAUUUAACUUUGUUCUUGAAAAUGGCACAUCUGAUGUUAUAGUAUAUCCAGUGCUGACAUCUUCCAUGGAAACAUUCAUGUCUCCAAGUUUUCCAGUUAAUUUAUGUGCUCAACAUACGUAUGCCACAAGCCCCGGAAUUCCAGAUGCAGCAACAGACAGAUUAGCAUAUUUAGAGGAAUUUCAAGAAGUUCAAGAUUCCAUAAUUUCUUCUGAAGAACAUUUCAAAAGACCAGAGCAAGUGGAAACUUUCUGUUCAUCCCUUAAGGAUUAUUUCCGAGACACCUGCAAAUCUGUGACCAUGGAGCGGGAAGUAAAUCUGGAUCACCUGUUCAUUGAUAGGACACUUGUUCAAAGUCAAACUGAAACCAAGACUGGAAAGAAUAGUGCAAAAGCAAUGGAAAAGGAGCUGGUAACCUGCAGCCUGCAAGAGAAGGAAAAGACAGCCAUUGAUAGAAGCCAAAUAUUUCAAAUCCCACAGCGUAAAGACUUAGACACUAAAGUGAUUGUGGUUCUGGGAAAAGCAGGAAUGGGCAAAAGCAUUCUCAUUCAGAAGAUCUGCCAGGACUGGUCCAAUGGAGAAUUUUCUCAGUUUGAAUUUGUAUUUUGGUUUGACUGCAAACAAAUAAGUUUGCCUGAGAAGCAAUACAGCCUGAAGGAGUUGCUUCUUGAAUUUUUUGUAAAACCUCAAGAGGGAAGCAAAGAGAUCUUUGAGUAUAUGCUGCAAAAUCCUGAUAAAAUCCUUCUGAUUUUUGAUGGUUUUAAAGGAUUGCAUGAUCAUGAGAAUUUUUCUCGUUGCUCAGCCAGCCAGCCUGAAAAGGAUUUGUGCAGUAUAAAGGAGCUGCUCUCAGGACUCAUCCAAAAAAAGAUGCUCAAUGGCUGUACUUUAUUAUUUACAGCAAGACCAAAAGACAAACUGUACCAGUAUGUGUCCAAAGUGGAUAAGACUAUUGAAAUUGUAGGAUUUUCUCCUCAGCAGAGAGAAUUAUACAUAACCAAAUACUUUGAAGAAUCGCUCUAUUGUGAUAGUGCACUGAAAUUAAUCAAAGAGUGUGAGUACUUGUUCAGUCAUUGUUACAGUCCUGUUAUGUGUAGAUUUGUUUGUUUUCUCUGUGAGACAGUGCUUGAAAUGGGAGAGAACAGUCUUCCUUCAACUCUUACUGAAGUCUUCCUGAAAUUUUUUAAGCAGAAGAUCAUGUUUAUGCAAACAGAUGCUACAACCACACAAAAUCAAGAGAGUCUUGCUACCCUAGCUCGUGUAGCCUGGUGUCUUGGAGAAAAGCACCAAAGCACCAUGAAAAGUGAUCUUAUUCCUUCUAAGGAAGUUAAAGAGUUUGCUCUGAAGUAUGGGUUUUUCCUGCCAUUUGCAUUGCCCAGACGUUCAGAUAGUGAAGAAGAGGAAUUUGGGAGCACAUUCUCUGAUUUUGUCAUUCAGAAUUUCUUGUGUGCACUUCACCUUUUGUUAGCAGAAGAGCUCAAGGAUAAAAAUCUAACAAAGUACUUGUCUUUUCUAUCGAAGAAGAAAAAACCUUAUAACUGGUUAGAUUUAAUGCCUCGAUUUUUGGCUGGUUUGAUGUUUCUCCAGGAUGACCCCUCCUUCUGCUCUCUUUCAAAUGAGGAUGAAAAACAGUCAACCAAGAAGCAGAAGACACUCUUGAAAUACAUCAGAAGGCUGCAGAUUAAUACUCUCUGUCCAGAGAGGUUGCUGGAGCUUUUAUGUUGUGUUUAUGAAACACAGAACAAUUAUCUUCUGCAGCAUGUGGCCUUGAGACUUGAGCCAGAGUUGUCUUUUCUGGGCAUAGUUCUUACACCACCUGAUGUCCAUGUACUGCACUCUGUUUUGAAAAGGUCAAGAAAAGAGUUUUCCUUGGAUUUGCGGAACAGCAGCAUUGACAUGCAAGGGCUGCAAGCCUUGGUCAGCCUAAGGAAUGUGACAUCAUUCAGGGCUUCCCUCAGUGACACAGUCAGACUCUGGAAAUCUUUGGAACAGACAAAAGACUACGAACUGUUGAAAGCAUCCACAGAGAAAUUUGUUCUUGAUCCCUUUAAGGCAAAGACAAUGAAGGACAUCAGAGACCUCUCCGACCUUGUAGAGAUGCAGGAGAAGAUGAUGAAUUGUGUGCAAGAAGCAUCUGGUUGCACCAGCUAUGAAAUUCCUGCCAUCAGAAACCUCAGAAAACUUGAAUUUGCGCUGGGUCCAGCAUGUGGCCUUCAAGGAUUGCUAAAACUUGUGAAAAUUCUUGCAGCAUUUCCAUCACUUCAGCAUUUAGAUCUUGAUGCUCUGAGUGAAAAUGGCAUAGGAGAUGAAGGAGCAAAGAGUCUAUCUGAAGUCUUUCCAACCUUGCCAUCACUAGAAACAUUAAAUUUAUCACAGAAUAAAAUAACAGACGUGGGUGCAGAGAACCUUGCUACAGCUCUCCCUUCCUUGUCUUCCUUAAAAACACUAAGCUUGUACAAUAACAACAUUUGUGAUUUUGGAGCAGAAAAUCUGGCAAAGGUUCUUCCUGCAAUGACAUCUUUAAGAGUGCUAGAUGUUCAAUAUAACAAAAUAACUGGUGUUGGAGCCCAGCAGCUGACUGACAGCCUACGAAAAUGUCCCCAUAUGAAGAACUUGGUGAUGUGGAAUCCUACAAUUCCCUAUGGAGUUCUUGAACACCUUCACCAGCUGGACUCCAGGAUCAGUGUGUAGAUUCAGAGGAUUCCAUAAAGGUGUCAUAAAG